GGAUGAGAUAGAGAAGGGAAGAGGUUGCAGGCAUAACUACGUGGAAGAAUGUGCUUCCUUUGAGUUCCUUCGUUUCCCUUCUUACUCUCAUUCAUCAUCCUCGCUCACUACACAACAUUACUGCACAAAUGUCGAACCUGCUUCUUCUACCCUCUCUUCCCCUCACCAUUUCGCCUAACCGCUUUCAAACUUUUUCUUCCGCUUGUCCUCUUCAAUUCCAAUGCCGAUUCUCACUUUCUAUCCUCUCUCCUCCUCACCACUCUCUCUCUCCUUUCCGCUCCCACGCGCGCAGAAGAGAACCUUCCCUUCGCGUUUUCGAUUCCUCUUCCGACGCCAUAACCAACGAAGAAUUGAAAGAAGUGGCAAAGGAAGAGGGCGUUGAAGAUCCGAGUGUUGGGAUUACGGACGACGAAUAUCCAAGUGGCGAGUUCGAUUUCAAACCGGUUACCGGAUGGAGAAGCUUCCUCGUUAAGCUUAAGAUGCUGGUUGCGUUCCCAUGGGAGCGUGUGCGCAAGGGAAGCGUUCUCACAAUGAAGCUUCGUGGCCAGAUAUCUGAUCAAGUGAAGAGUAGGUUCUCUCCGGGACUAUCUUUGCCUCAAAUUUGUGAGAACUUUUUGAAAGCAGCAUACGAUCCUCGUAUUUCUGGGAUCUAUCUUCAUAUUGAUAGUUUAAAUUGCGGGUGGGGUAAAGUAGAAGAAAUUCGAAGGCAUAUAUCAGAUUUCAAAAAAUCAGGAAAAUUUAUUCUGGCUUAUGUGCCUUUAUGUCAAGAAAAAGAAUAUUACCUUGCAUGUGCAUGUGACGAGAUAUACUCCCCACCCAGUGCAUACUUUUCUUUGUUUGGAUUGACUGUUCAAGCCUCAUUCCUUAGAGGUAUUUUAGAUAACAUAGGAAUUGAACCGCAAGUGGAAAGGAUUGGAAAAUACAAAAGUGCAGGUGAUCAACUAGCUCGAAGAACCAUGUCUGAGGAAAAUUGUGAGAUGCUGACUGCAUUGCUUGAUAAUAUCUAUACAAAUUGGCUGGAUAAAGUCUCUUCUGCCAAAGGAAAAAGUAAAGAAGAUAUUGAGAAACUCAUAAAUGAAGGUGUUUAUCGAGUAGACAAGCUGAAAGAAGAAGGACUCAUAUCAAAUAUAAUCUAUGAUGAUGAGAUUAUUACCAUGUUGAAGGAGAGACUUGGAGUGAAACUUGAUAAAGAUUUGCCAAUGGUGGACUACAGGAAAUACUCUCGAGUUAGGAAAUGGACUGUUGGAAUAUCAGGAGGUGGAGAACUUAUAGCCAUUAUCCGAGCAUCAGGGAGCAUUAGUCGUGUAGAGAGUCAAUUAAGUGUCUCUAGCUCAGGCAUCACUGCAGAGAAGUUUAUUGAAAAGAUUCGAACUGUCAGAGAGUCAAAAAAAUUUAAGGCUGCUAUCAUUAGAAUUGACAGCCCUGGAGGUGAUGCUCUUGCUUCUGAUCUGAUGUGGAGAGAAAUCCGGCUUUUGGCUGCUAAAAAACCAGUCAUUGCUUCAAUGUCUGAUGUGGCAGCAAGCGGAGGGUACUAUAUGGCAAUGGGAGCUGAUGCUAUUGUUGCAGAAAGCCUUACCUUAACCGGUUCAAUUGGAGUGGUCACAGGAAAAUUUAACCUGGGGAAACUGUAUGAGAAGAUUGGCUUUAACAAAGAAAUUAUAUCAAGGGGAAGAUAUGCUGAGCUCCUUGCUGCUGAACAACGUCCUUUCAGACCAGAUGAAGCAGCGUUAUUUGCCGAAUCUGCUAGGCAUGCUUAUAAACAAUUUCGGGACAAGGCUGCAUUGUCCAGAUCAAUGACCGUAGAAAAGAUGGAGGAGGUUGCACAGGGAAGGGUUUGGACUGGUAACGACGCAGCAUCGCGUGGUUUAGUUGAUGCUAUUGGCGGGCUUUCCCGUGCUAUUGCCAUAGCAAAAGUUAAGGCCGAUAUACCUCAAGACAGUCAGGUUACACUUGUGGAGAUCUCCAGACCCAGUCCUUCUCUACCCGAGAUCUUGUUAGGUGUUGGGAGUUCCCUCGUUGGAGCUGACAGAAUGGUGAAGGAACUGCUACAAGGCAUGACAUUUUCUGAUGGAGUUCAAGCCCGGAUGGAUGGAAUCAUGUUUCAGACAUUGGAAGAAUAUCCUUUUGGAAAUCCCAUUUUGUCAAUAAUAAAAUCUUACCUCAGUUCCCUGUAGUUGUCUAUAGUUCAUUCAAUCAUAUGUUCCUUUCCUUUGCUGUUUAAAUGGGUAACAUUUUAUAAAGGGCUCCUUUAAUGUCUCCCUCACAACCCUUGUACAUACACCAUGUAAAGUUGAAAAGUUUAAAGGUUAGUUUUACACAUAAACUAAGAUGGAA